AAAUCUAUCACAUAUAUAGAACAGACAACCACCGAAAUUUCUGAGAUACCCAAAUGGAGUUUGUGGCAAAUCAAUGCCCUUCGAUGGAUUCCUUCGGGAAUUUCACUGAGAGGGUCAAAAGGGUUGGUAACCUCUUCGUCUCUGCCAUCAUUGGGAACAUCUUCUCUGCGAUCUUGACCUUCUGCUUUGCAUUAGUGGGCACUUUGUUGGGGGCUAUGACUGGAGCCUUCAUAGGCCAAGAGACAGAGAGUGGGUUCAUUCGAGGUGCUGCUGUUGGUGCCAUAUCAGGAGCUGUUUUCUCCAUUGAAGUGUUUGAAUGUUCUCUUGGUCUGUGGAAAUCUGAGGAAUCUGGAAUUGGGUGUCUCUUAUACUUGCUUGAUGUUAUUGCUAGCUUAUUGAGUGGGAGACUAGUGCGUGAAAGGAUUGGUCCGGCCAUGUUGAGUGCUGUUCAAAGUCAGAUGGGUGCUGUUGAGAUGAGCUUUGAUGAGGUUCAAAACAUCUUUGACAUUGGGGGUGCCAAAGGCUUAUCAAGAGAUUCAGUUGCAAAGAUCCCAAAGAUCACAAUUACAAGUGACAACAAUGUUGAUGCUUCUGGGGAAAGAGUUUCAUGUUCAGUUUGCCUCCAGGACUUUCAGCUUGGAGAAACAGUUAGAAGUUUGCCUCAUUGUCAUCACACGUUUCACCAACCUUGCAUUGAUAAGUGGCUCUUCAAGCAUGGUUCUUGCCCAUUGUGCAGAAGGGAUCUGUAAUUUUGUAUAUGCAAAAGUACAAACAGUCAAAAGAGUUAGGUUCUUUCAUUGUUUAAACCGUAUUUACUUUUAGGAAUGUACAGUAUGGUUACAUGUAGUA